AUGUCAACUUCCGACCCGCAGAUUGAGAAGCUCCAGGAACAAAUCCACAGGGGAGCAGAAGAGACCAAGUCGUAUCUCGCCUUGCUCAAGGAACAACUCGCCGAGUACGAUGCCCAGUACAGUGUAUCCGAGACUGCCAGCUCGUUCCUGCAGGCAGCUAUCGAGCGCACGCACAAGUCGGUGGAUGAACUGAAGGAAUUGGGCGAGACGCUCAAGGAAAAGUCCAAGAACUCGUCGGCACCUGUCGUGGACGCGGCCAAGGUCUCAUUCAGUAAGGUGCAGGCGGCCCUGGACGGCCUUAAGGAACGUGGCCGCAGCUACGACGACAAGGUUCGUGCUAGUGUCACGAGCUCUGUGGACUCGGUCAAAGGCGGCGUGUCCUCGGCCACGAGCUCCGUGUCCACAUCCAUUGAGCACAUUGUGGUGGCUACGCGAGAGCGCAGCAGCUCGAGCUUUGAGCAGCUCAAAGAGACGCUCUUUAGCGCUGGAUACGGUGCCUACGUGGCUGCUGGUGGCAUGGUACGCAAGGCGGAGGAGCUGGACGGUCGGUAUGGUGUUGUGGACACUGUCUCGGGCGUGGUAGGUGCAGUAGCUGGCAAGGUGUCGGAUUUGGAUCGUGCGUUGGGCGUGUCGGCUACAGCCAUGAAGGUGGACGACAAGGUGACGGGUGGUAUCGGUAUGGACCUUACGAACAAGGGCAUCGAGCUUGUCAACAGCUCGGUGGAGUACGUGACCGACGCGCUGCAGCAGGCCAAGAAGGCAGCGGCUGAGAAGUCAAAGGAAAAGGAGCCGAAGGCGUUUGAUGGCACUGCGGACGUAAGUAAGGCAAGCCCGAAGGACAUGUAA